AUGCCACCCAACAAACCCCACAACUCCUCCCACAAGUCCUCCUCCAAGAAAUCCAAAUCCUCUACCUCGUCAUCCAAACAAACCUCAACGGGCCUCACGAAAGAACAGCUAGAAGCAUAUAAUCAAAGUCAAAACUACUAUUCAGCUCGAGAUCGUUAUGAGAAUCAGGACAGACAAGAGGACCCUUGGGCUGGUUUUUAUACAGGUGGAGGGCAGAAGUGA